AUGGGCUUCCAUAGGAGGCCGGGCCCUCUGCUGACAAGCCUGUUGGUAGGGCUACUGCUGUUCUUCAACUGGAUGACGCUUGCCCAGCCGACCUCUCUCUCAGCAUUGGCCCACUACCCCCACUUGUGCCAGUCCACCUGGGAUGCUGAUGGCCGUCACUCCCCGGGUUUCUUCUGUCCUCGGCUCUCUGAUACUCCGGAGGAAGCCUACUGCUGCCACCUGCAGGCUGCGGGGGGCUCCUGCUGCACCCGGGCUGAAUUUCAGGCCUUGUACCAGGUCAAUCUGUCUGCCCUUCCGCCUCCUCCCAUCCUCAGGGGCCCGGGCCCGCUCCUAGCGCUGGAUCUUUACAGCCUGCUGCUCAUGGCUCUGAUGACGGCAGACCUCGUGCACUUCUGCCGUGGUCGGGACCGGUGUACCGGCAGGAACGGAAGUCCCUCUUGGUCCUCCGCCUCGCGCCCCCUGCAGGUCUCGGCCGGAACACACUAAAGGCGCCCAGGGAUUCUCUGCGCCUGCUGAC